AUGCACACCACUACUAUACCAGUCGGUGGCACCUUUAUGUGGCGUUCACACAAGAUGAAUGGGAAACCCAAACUACCAGUUUCAGACAUUGCUUUCGGGCUAGUCGGGAGCUGUAAGGCCAGUUAUCUCGAAACGUACCGCCUUCCGCUAAAGUUGAAUUACUACACUGUCUAUGAUUUCCAAGGCCCUUUCCGACCGCGGUUAGCAACGUUGGCUCCUUGGCAAGCGGCAUUAAUCCAGCGUGUGGACAUCAGCCUCCAGCAAAUAGCUCUAGAGCAGGGCGAGUUGAGGAACUGGCUAAAAGAAUGGUAUGCCAAAGAGCGGCACGCAGGCGCUUAUAUAGCACCUCGGUUCUUACGUGCAUGGGACAAAAAGCCUUCGCAUAAAGUGCAACCGUUCCCUUUCGACACCCUAAGCACUUCCAUAUCCGGGAGGAAGGAACCUCAGGAUGGUGAUGAGCUUACGCUACCCAUCACAACGGAGCCAGACUGCUAUGAUAAUAUCUUCUACGAAAGUGGAACAUUCGCGACGCACUUCAAGGCUCGCGCGAUGAUCGCUCGCCCGCUGACACAUCUGACCCUGCGAUUGACCCACGAGGAUUGGUGGAACUGGAGUCACCACCCGAACUCAUCCACUUACAUUCCACGCAAGCUAUAUCUUGACCCAGCAGUCGCAGUCGGCAGGGUUCCAAGUUCUCUGAGUGUUUGGGGUUCUGACCACAUCAUGGAAGAGCUUGCUGCAAGGCGGAGUGCAGGCGAGGUUGUGCAGGGACGUGAGACGUGGGGCGUAAUCGUGGGACGACUCCCGGAUCUGAAAGAGCUCCAGCUUGUGAUCGAGACGUUCGAUAUCAAGAAAGAUCAGUUGGAGCAGAUUGUGGAAUGUGCGAAGACGUGGAAGUUUCCUCUCGAGAAUACCGUGUAUGAAUUAGUUUGGGAUGGGAGGGUCCAAGACACCAGCUGGGAUAUAGAACCGGGCGCGUUCGACAAAAACUUUAAAGAACCGCUAAUCAUCGAGGAUGAGGACGGUGACGGUGAGGAUGAGGACAGGUUCACUGAUGAAGAACGACACUCCGAUACAUACGGGAAUUCGUCGGAUGACGAUGGCGCUAGUGCGGACGAAGAACGUGGACCUACUCCACCACCACCUCCUCCAAGUUGGCACACUUUUUGUACUCGAUUUGAAGCGAGGGUAUUGAGGUUUAAACGAAUAAAAAGGGACCGCACUACUAUAUGA